AUGUCGAAUUUAGAACAACUCAAUUUAUAUUUUAAUUGUUCUCAUGAAAAAACAUUUGUUGAUGGAAAUGAUUUGAAAACAAAUAUUUUAUAUCGUUUACCACAAUUAAAGUCAUUUGAGUUUAAUAUUCGUUCAUCAAUUGAUUCUAUUAAUCAAAUUGAUUUACCAUCAAAUGAAUAUAUUCAACAUACAUUCAGAGAAUUUAAACAUAAAAAAAUUAUUUCUUGUGUUGAUUAUUUUCCAGAUUCAAACAGUGGUGAAUGUUAUGUCUGUUCAUAUCCAUUUACGAUGACGCGUUAUGAACGUAUUACAAAUAAUUUUUCAAAGUAUACCGCAAUUUGUGGAGAUCGUUACUUUUUUAACAAUAAAUAA